GAUUUUGUGUUCUAUGCGCCGCGGUUGCGGAUCAACAAGCGUAUCCUGGCGCUGUGCAUGGGGAACCACGAGCUGUACAUGAGGAGGAGGAAGCCUGACACCAUCGAGGUUCAGCAGAUGAAGGCCCAGGCCCGGGAGGAGAAACACCACAAACAGAUGGAAAGGUACAGGAGGAACACGUGCAGUCAUGUAGUUGUGAUUCUGACCAGAAGGGGGCAGCAUUUUAUUAAAAUAUGUCUGGUCUGUACCAGAGCCACUUAAAGGGUGAAUCUCUGUAUUCCCUUGAUUCCUCAAAGGAGGUGAGAAGAGCGGACAUUGGGAAUUACAGAAAUUCAAUUGAAAUAUUAGCCUGAUCCACCAUCCUGACAGCUGCUCUCGUGUGUCCAAUGAGGCUAUUUAGAGACAGCCAUGGACUGGAUAUCUCUAUUGCUCUUAUGUGCAUUUUUGUGUCUUACCUUUUUGUAAAGCAUUUCGAAGUUGCAGAAUGUUGUACCUGUGUUGUGAUCAUAUUUUAUACAUCAAAAUAUAGUUUGAUAUUGAAUGAUAUGAGUAGUAUAUUCAACAAUUCAUUUAAUUUAAUUUGAAUAUAUUAUUAGCCCAGGUAUUUUCAUCAACUGAACCUGGCCUCUUUUGUUUUACAGAGCCCAGCUAGAAAACGAGAAGAAAAAACGAGCACAUGCAGAGAAGGAGAGGGAGAAGAUAGAGAAAGAGAAGGACGAGCUAGUCGAGAGACUCAGACAGAUUGAGGAACAGACGCUAAAGGCCCAGAAAGGUAUCUACAUCUCAACACGCACACACAUGAACACACAUUACACACACACACACACGCAUUACACACACGCACACACACACAAGCAAAGGAUACAACUUCAGAGGAACAAUGUAAAGGAGCCUGAUUUGCAUCAUCUCACUUCUUUUUAAAUAUCACAGGUUAACCAUGCAACCAACACCUUGGAGUAACACUAACACCCACUGUAGUUCACAGCUGGUGUUCAGACACUCAAUUACCACAGAACAAGUUCACAGCUACAGUACGCAACACUGGGAUUUGCAUACUAGCCUCUUGUUAGGAGGAGUGAGGAAUGGGCUAUCAUUUAGAGAUGGGUUAUCAUUUAGAGACCAUAGGAUGACUGCUAGCUGUUUUAUCAUGUUACAGGGAAGGGGGACAUGAACAUUCAUUCUCUAUAUUGUUGGCCCUUGACUUGUAGCACAACAGCCGUCAUAACCGAAAAGGGCAGAACACACCUGGGGCGUAUUUACAUAGAGUGAAUGGCUGGAGGGAGAGAGUUAGCUACAGCCCUGAAAUCCACAGCAGAUCUAACGAAUCACUGCAGAUCCAUUCUGUAGGUAAAAGGCAGGAGUUUAUUUGCUUGGCUGAGAUAAAAUUAUACGAUCCCGAAAGGGCCAUUCAUAUCAGAAUCAGACUGAUUUAUUUCUACAGUAUGGUGCCUCUAGAAAUGCUCUCAUCAAAUAUAGGUCAGGCCUCUCUCAGAGGUAUCUCUCUGUUUCCCUAUAUAAACACUGGUGUUCCAUGGGAGAUUAUUAAAGUCCUCCUCUUGUGUUUCAUGACAUAAAGAGAUGAAUGUGUGAAUGUACACUACUGUUCAAAAGUUUGGGGUCAUUUAGAAAUGUCCUUGUUUUCCAUGAAAACAUACAUGAAAUGAGUUUGAAAAGGAAAUAUUGCAAAAUGCAUAGGAAAUGUAGUCAUUGACAAGGUUAGAAAUAAUGAUUUUUAAUAGAAAUAAUAAUGGUGUCCUUCAAACGUUGCUUUCGUCAAAGAAUCCUCCAUUUGCAGCAAUUACAGCCUUGCAGACCUUUGGCAUUCUAGUUGUACAUUUGUUGAGGUAAUCUGAAGAGAUUUCACCCCAUGCUUCCUGAAGCACCUCCCACAAGUUGGAUUGGCUUGAUGGACACUUCUUACGUACCAUACGGUCAAGCUGCUCCCACAACAGCUCAAUAGGGUUGAGAUCCGGUGACUGUGCUGGCCACUCCAUUAUAGACAGAAUACCAGCUGACUGCUUCUUCCCUAAAUAGUUAUUGCAUAGUUUGGAGCUGUGCUUUGGGUCAUUGUCCUGUUGUAGGAGGAAAUUGGCUCCAAUCAAGCGCCGUCCACAGGGUAUGGCAUGGCAUUGCAAAAUGGAGUGAUAGCCUUCCUUCUUCAAGAUCCCUUUUACCCUGUACAAAUCUCCCACUUUACCACCACCAAAGCACCCCCAGACCAUCACACUGCCUCCACCAUGCUUGACAGAUGGCAUCAAGCACUCCUCCAGCAUCUUUUCAUUUGGUCUGCAUCUCACAAAUGUUCUUCUUUGUCCAUAACAAUUUUUUCCAAUCUUCCUCUGUCCAGUGUCUGUGUUCUUUUGCCCAUCUUCAUAUUUUAUUUUUAUUGGCCAGUCUGAGAUAUGGCUUUUUCUUUGCAACUCUGCCUAGAAGGUCAGCAUCCCGCAGUCGCCUCUUCACUGUUGAUGUUGAGACUGGUGUUUUGCGGGUACUAUUUAAUGAAGCUGCCAGUUGAGGACCUGUGAGGCGUCUGUUUCUCAAACUAGACACUCUAAUGUAUUUGUCCGAUGUACGAGAUCUUCAGUUUCUUGGCAAUUUCUCGCAUGGCAUAGCCUUAAUUUCUCCGAACAAGAAUAGUCUGACGAGUUUCAGAAGAAAGUUAUUUGUUUCUGACCAUUUUGAUUCUGUAAUUGGACCCACAAUUGUUGAUGCUCCUGAUACUCAACUAGUCUCAAGAAGGCCAGUUUUAUUGCUUCUUUAAUCAGCACAACAGUUUUCAGCUGUGCUAACAUCAUCGCAAAAGGGUUUUCUAAUGAUCAAUUAGCCUUUUAAAAUGAUAAACUUGGAUUAGCAAACACAACGUGCCAUUGGACACAGGACUGACGGUUGCUGAUAAUGGGCCUCUGUACGCCUAUGUAGAUAUUCCAUUAAAAAUCAGCCGUUUCCAGCUACAACAACAUUAACAAUGUCUACACUGUAUUUCUGAUCAAUUUGAUGUUAUUUUAAUGGACAAAAAAUUUGCUUUUCUUUCGAAAACAAGGACAUUUCUAUGUGACCCCAAACUUUUGAACGGUAGUGUAUGUCAGGAAAGAUGGGUGCACUCUUGCUAAGAUCUGAUUAUAUUUGUCAUACAGUACAUUGUUGUAAUCAGUAAUUGUGUGUGUGUCUGUCUGUGCACGCUCAUACAGAGCUGGAGGAGCAGACGCGCAGGGCCCUGGAGUUGGACCAGGAGAGGAAGAGAGCGAAGGAGGAGGCGGAGAGGUUGGAGGGAGAGAGACAGGCAGCGGAGGAGGCCAAGGCAGCGCUGGCUAAACAGUCCGCUGACCAGAUGAAGAACCAGGAACAACUGGUAACACUUCACUUCACAUCACCACUUUGGAUCAGGGCUCCAUUCACAUACUUUCAGUGCAUCCUUCUUUCCUUCCUUCCUUGAAGAAAUCACUGAUUUUAUAUUAAAUGAUUGAUGAAUGCAAUAUAAUAGACACCUUACUCAACUUUCUAUUUAUUGAUUACCUGAAGGAAGGAUGUACAGGUAUUAGUGUCAUUAAAACCAUGUACAUAUACCUACUGUAGACAGGUAUAAUUCUCUAAGUCAUCGGUCUCCUCUGGAUUGUCCAACACACUAAAACCUUUGUAAACACUCUAACCUACAACAUAUCUGCACUGUACCUGCUAUAUUAUUAUCACAUCAAUACAUACGGUUCUAUGUAAAUGAGUGGCACUGACUGACCUCUUGUAAACACCUCCCCUGCUUACACUACAUUUAUGGAUGCUUUUACGACAUGCAUUCCAAAGGUGAUUUGGUUAUUCCUCAUGUUGGUAUUUAACCUGAAAUGCCAUAGCUCAACGCAUAGCUCAACAAAUGAUUUACAGCUCCAAAUGACUGACAGUAUGCUUAUUGCUCAUGUAGUUGUUUCCCCAUCAAAUCAAAUCAAAUUUGAUUGGUCGCAUACACAUAUUUAGCAGAUGUUAUUGCGGGUGUAGCGAAAGGCUUGUAAAACAAAAUGCUGGUGAGUUACUGCCGCUGUAAUAUCCAAAAGUUAUUUCCGGCUGUAUGUAAUAAUGCAAAGGACGAUCUGAGCUACAGUAAUAAGAUGAGAAAUAACCCCCCCCCCCCAAAAAAAAAAUAAUAAUAAUAUAUAUAUAUAUAUAUAUAUAUAUAUAUAUAUAUAUAUAUAUAUAUAUAUACUGCAAAGUUGGUAGAGUUACAGAGAGAGGGAGACAAUAAGCCAAAGAGACUAGACACCUUGUCAUUGGGUUAAGUGAUGGAAAAUAACAUUGAUGAAUGCAGUGUUAGAAGGCCCUGAGGCAGUAACCUUUAAGGGAAAGGGAGAUACCUAGUCAGUUGUACAACUGAAUGCAUUCAACUGAAAUGUGUUUUCCACAUUUAACCCAACCCCUCUGAAUCAGAGAGGUGCGGGGGUCUGCCUUAAUCGACAUCAUCGGCACCUGGGGAACAGUGGGUUAACUGCCUUGCUCAGGGGCAGAACGAUAGAUUUUUACCUUGUCAUCACGGGGAUUCGAUCCUUUAACCUUUCGGUUGCUGGCCAAAAACUCCUACCCGCCAGGCUACCUACCUAUUUUGCAUUGAUAACUAAAAAUAAUCUCAGCGUCCUUACAGAUAUCUGUGAUUGAGGUGUUAAUGUGCAGGAAGCGUGCCCUAGGGUGUAAGGGUUGGUGUGAGGUGUGACCCAGGUGCGGUGCAGGAUAGACAGUAGGCAGUAGGCAGAGAUGGUGAAACAAGGAUCUUUACUGGUGGUCCAAAAGCCAGGAUACAAAACAACGGACUAUACACGAAACAAAUGAGGAGCACAUAGGUCUCAAAAAAAAGGGGAAGUGAGGGCAUAAAUACUUAGGUGAAUCAGAUAGCCACAGGUGACACCAAUAGGCAGAUAAUUAGUCCCGACUGUGAGUGAGGAGGUGGCUAUGGUUGUCGGAGGAUGACACCUAGUGGGUCGGUCCGGAACUGCGAACCAAUCCUGUAACACCAGGGGGAAUUCUCUUCUCUCACCACCCCCCCUCUCUCUUUGGUAUUUCAGGGAAGAUUUCAUGGGUGGUAUUACAUGGUUAACAGUACUCACCACGGAACCAUGUGUCAAUUACAUUUUCAUAUUGGUUGGCCCAUUAAACCUCAUAGGCAAUGGCCAACUCUUGCAGUCUGCUGGCCAGUGUGUUAGUGUGUCUGACAGAAGGGUGCUUUGUGCUUGUCUCUCGCAGGCCGCUGAGCUAGGAGAAUUCACUGCCAAAAUCGCUCUGCUUGAAGAGGCCAAGAGGAAGAAGGAAGAGGAGGCGACCGAAUGGCAACACAAAGUAACGGUUAACUCUGCUACCGCUCUCUGAUCCAGUGGAGGCUGCUGAGGGGAGGAUGGCUCAUAAAAAUGGCUGAAAUGGAGUUGAUGGAAUGGUAUCAAACAUAUGGUUUUCAUGUGUUUGAUACCAUUCCAUUCACUCCAUUCAAGCCAUAAUACUUUGUUCCAGCCAUUAUUAUGAGCCGUCCUCCCCUCAGCAGCCUCCACUACUUUGACCCCCCCCCCAUGCACCCUGCCCUGCCCCCUGGGACUGACACAUUAAUAAAUAAUAGUGUCUGUAUCCAAAUGUGUGGGGGUGUAUGGCCUCAAACCAAAUCAUUUAACAGCAUUCAUAAGAUCUAAUGUACACUGAACAAAAAUAUAAACGCAACAUGUAAAGUGUUGUCCCCAUGUUCCAUGAGCUGAAAUAAAACAUCCCAGAAAUGUUCCAUACGCACAAAAAGCUUAUUUCUCUCAAAUUUUGUGCACACAUUUAUUUAUAUCCCUGUUAGUGAGCAUUUCACCUUUGCCAAGAUAAUCCAUCCACCUGACAGGUGUGGCAUAUCAAGAAGCUGCCAUGCCCACAAUGCAUCUAUGAUUACCAGUCCCUGUGCUACCCAGCUAUGCCACUAGCAACCUGCUGCUCCAGUUGAGGACUAUGACAACAAGGCCUCCCCUGCUGAAAAGGUUAUCCAACCUUGCCCUGCACUCCUCAGAACCACCUUUCAAAGCCACCAUUCAUCCUUCCUUCACCAGCCGUCAAGGAUUUUUUUAAAACUCUCAUAUGGUAGUAUAACAAUAAUGGUGUUAGGGCAGUUUUUGUAAUUUUAAAGUUUCUUGUUUGAAGAGUGACUGAGUCUGAUUUAAUGAAUAAACGGUUAGCUAGCUGCGCGGUAUUGGCUAGGCUGCUGGUGGCGUUAGCUCUGGCUGUGAGUUUCAGGAGUAGCUAGCCUCGUCUGAUAUGCAGCUACGGUAAUAUUCAAACUAACUAACUACAGCUAGGAAAAAAGGGUAAUUAAGCAUGUCCAAAUGUAGCACAGUAACAGGACAAAAAAAUAUGUCCACUGCCAGCCAACCCACUAGUCAGCAUGGGGAUGCUGUUGUUCUGACACUGUGUGGACCCGUCACCCAGAACACACAUCCCACCCCUCAUGUCUCAUGUCAGUAUGAAAAAUGUAUGCACUUACUAACUGUAAGUCGCUCUGGAUAAGAGCGUCUGCUAAAUGACUAAAAUGUAAAUGUAAAUGUAAACAGCAUGAUCAUUACACAGGUGCAUCUUGUACUGAAGACAAUAAAAGGCCACUCUAAAAUGUGCAGUUUUGUCACACAACACAAUGCCACAGAUGUCUCAAGUUUUGAGGGAGCGUGCAAUUGGCAUGCUGACUGCAGGAAUGUCCACCAGAACUGUUGCUAGAGAAUUGAAUGUUCAUUUCUCUACCGUAAGCCGCCUCAAACGUCGUUUUAGAGAAUUUAGCCUCACAACCGCAGACCAUGUGUAUGGCGUUGUGUGGGCGAGCUGUUUGCUGAUGUCAACGUUGUGAGCAGAGUGCCCCAUGGUGGAGGUGGGGUUAUGGUAUGGGCAGGCAUAAGCUACAGACAAUGAACACAAUUGCAUUUUAUUCAUGGCAAUUUGAAUGCACAGAGAUACCGUGAAGAGAUCCUGAGGCCUAUUGUCGUGCCAUUCAUCCACCGCCAUCACCUCAUGUUUCAGCAUGAUAAUGCACGGACCCAUGUCGCAAGGAUCUGUAAACAAUCCCUGGAAAUUGAACAUGUCCCAGUUCUUCCAUGGCCUGCAUACUCACCAGACAUGUCACCCAUUGAACAUGUUUGGGAUGCUCUGGAUCGACGUGUACGUCAGCGUGCUCCAGUUCCCACCAAUAUCCAACAAUUUAGCACAUUGUCAUUGAAGAGGAGUGGGACAACUCUCCACAGGCCACAAUCAACAGCCUGACCAACUCUAUGCAAAGGAGAUGAGUCGCACUGCAUGAUGCGAAUAGUGGUCACACCAGAUACUGACUGGUUUUCUGAUCCACGGCCCUACCUUUUUUUUAAAGGUAUCUGAUACCAACAGAUGCAUAUCUGUAUUCCCAGUCAUGUGAAAUCCAUAGAUUAGGGCCUAAUGAAUUUCUUUUAAUUGACUGAUUUCCUUAUAUGAACUGUAACUCAGUAAAAUCUUUGAAAUUGUAGUAUGUUGCAUUUAUAUUUUUGUUCAGUAUAUGUAUGUGUAAGAGCUAACUGAGGUUGAAAUUGUGUGCGUGAGCCAGAACAAGAUGUUUUUACGAUGUAAUUGUGUCCCUUAUUUGCAUGUUAACCCCCUAGUUUAGUAUGUGUGUGUCUGCAUGAGUGUUUUAUUGUUUUUGGAAAGUCUCUGGUCUACUCAGGUCCUACACCUGCAUGCCCUUUAAAUACUGGUGUCCUUGUCUUUUGACAAAGUUGUCUUGAAAUGUGUUGGUGUAUGAGUUUGUGUGUGUGUAAGCAAGAAUGUCUGUGUUGCCUGUUCCAAAUAGAAUAUUGAAAUGUGUCAGUACUGUAUGAUUGUUAUUUAUGAUACAAUAGAUUAGUACUUUAUUGAACGCCAAGUGACAAUCAGUGAUUCCCACAUGAACCCCCCCCCCAGGCCAUCUCAGCCCAGGAGGACCUGGAGAAGACUAAAGAGGAGCUGAAGUCUGUGAUGUCAUCACCCCCGGCGCCGGAGCAGGAUGAGCAGGAUGAGACUAACGCAGAGGGCAGCACCGAGCUGCACAGUGAUGGGAUCACCAGCCACCGCAGCGAGGAGGAACGUGUCACAGAGGCCCAGAAGAACGAACGCGUCAAGAAACAGCUGCAGGUAGGCUAAGGAAGACGUGGUCUCACUUCAUUAGGAUGGAUAGACCCCUAGAGGCUCAAACUGUCAACAAGCUAAAAAUCAAAUACAAUUGUAUUGGUCACAUACACAUAAAUUAUUUAGCAGAUGUUAUUGUGGGUGUAGUGAAAUGCUUGUAGCUAUCAACGCUUGUAGUCAUCAACUGCAAAACAUUUUUAGGAUUAUGGUUAGGCCUAGGGCUAGUGUUGGGGUUAGUAGAUCAACAGUUUGCUGAUAAUUUGUUGAACUAUACACCAUCUGUCUGCAACUAUCAAAAUGAAGUGUUCUCUCUCUUCCCCUCUACCUCUUUGUCAGGCUCUGAGUUCAGAGUUGGCCCAGGCGAGGGACGACACCAAGAAGACCCAGAAUGACAUGCUACAUGCAGAGAACGUGAAGGCUGGGCGGGACAAGUACAAGACCCUGCGCCAGAUCCGCCAGGGCAACACCAAGCAGCGCAUUGACGAGUUCGAAUCC